UGGACAACCGGUCGCGUCAUUUUUGCCUGAUCUUCUUGAUUCUCGGUAUUGUCAUGUGGAUCCUCUCCUUUUUCGUCAACGCGUGCUGGGCUAUUGCCGCCGAGAACCAGGGUCUGCGCAUUCGCAAGCUGUACUACAAGUCCAUUCUGCGCCAGGAUAUCGGAUGGUUCGACACGGUGAAAACCGGCGAGCUGACCACCCGCAUCACCAACGACGUCAACCUGGUCCAGGAUGGGCUGGGCGAGAAGGUCGGAUUUGUGUUCAUGAACGUCGUCGGGUUCCUUGUUUCUUUCAUUAUCGCGUUUGUCAAGGGCUGGAAGCUGACUUUUAUUUGCCUGACCGUCAUGCCGUUCAUCGUCGGCGCUGGUGCAAUCCUCGGAAAGGAAAUCAACAAGCUGAUCAUCAACGGACAGGACAAGACCGCUGCGUCUGGCGCCAUCGCCGACGAGGUCCUGUCAGGCAUCCGCACCGUCAUGGCGUUCAACGGCCAGAAGCGCGAGAUUGCGCGCUACGACGCGAUGAUCCAGGACUCGUACAUGUAUGGCCGCAAGACCGGCUUUGUUCUGGGCGGUUGUAUCGGCGCCAUCCAGUUUUUCAUCUUUGCCAUGUACUGCGUUGGAUUCAACUUUGGGUCGUGGCGACUGCGCCAGGGCGAGUACUCUCCGGACCAGGUGCUCAAUGUUAUUCUGACGCUGCUCGUCGGUGGGUUCAUGCUUUCCGGCGCCGCACCCAACUUCUCUUCAAUUUCGACUGCCCGAGGCAGCGCCUACAGGGUGUAUGCCAUUAUUGACCGCCAGUCGCCCAUCAACCCGCUGGACACUGAGACCGGCAAGAAGGUUGAUAAGAUCCGCGGCGAUAUUUCGUUCCGCAAUAUCCACUUCAGCUACCCAAGCCGCCCCAACGUUCCCAUCCUCAAGGGCUUCAACUUGGAGAUUCGCCCCGGUCAGAAGGUUGCACUCGUCGGAGAGUCCGGCUGCGGCAAGUCGACGACCAUUGGGCUGAUCGAGCGCUUCUACGACCCCGCGCAGGGCGACGUGAUCAUCGACGGCGUCAACAUCAAGGAGUACAACAUUGGAAAGUUGCGCCACCGCAUCGGCAUUGUCACCCAGGAGCCCGUACUUUUUGCAACCAGCAUCAUGCAGAACAUCAAGUGGGGAGCUGUCGAUCCGGAGAACAACCCACCCACGGACGAAGAGGUCAUUGAGGCUGCCAAGGCCGCCAACGCGCACCCGUUUAUCAGCCAGCUGCCCGACGGCUACAACACGCUUGUUGGCGAGGGCGGUGCCCUGCUGUCUGGCGGCCAGAAACAGCGCAUUGCUAUUGCUCGCGCGAUUGUCCGCAACCCCGAUGUUUUGCUGCUCGACGAGGCCACCUCAGCGCUGGACACUGCUUCGGAGCGCCUGGUGCAGGACGCCCUGGACAAACUGUCGGCCAACCGCACGACCAUUUCAAUUGCCCAUCGCUUGAGCACUAUCCGCAAUUGCGACCAGAUUUACGUUGUCCGCGAGGGUGUUGUCUCUGAGAACGGAACCCACGACGAGCUUGUGACGCUUAGCGGUGAAUACGCUGCUAUGGUGCGCGCUCAGGAGAUGCGCCAGGGUGUGCGUACCAUGACUGACGGUGACGACGAAGAAAAAUCCAGCAUUGCCAGCGAGGCUGAUGUGAAUGAGGAGGGUGACCUGGACGAGCUGAUUGCCAAGGAGCUCAAGGAGCAGGCACUGGAAAUGAGAAGAUCGACUACUCGCCAGACUAUUGAGAGCAUGAAGCGCGAGUCGGCCGACACUGCUGCUGCUGCGAGCGGCAAGAAGACCCGGACCGUGGCAAACUCGAGUGACAUGUACCUGCUGCUGCGCCUGACCUGGAAGUACAAGGGUGCAAUGAAGGUCGCCAUCCCCGGCGCCAUCCUUGCUCUCUUUGACGGUGCUGUGAUGCCCUGCUUUGCUCUGGUCUUUUCGCGCGCGCUGGUGGCCCUGUCGGAACCAGACAUGGAAGUGGUCAAGCGCGAUACCAAUCUGUUUGCCAACCUGUUCCUCGUCUUCUCAGUCGUUGGCUGUCUCGCCAUGUUUGGUCGUAUUGGUCUGUACCAUGUUGCCGGCGAGAACACCACACGCCAGGUGCGCCACGACCUGUUUGUCAAGCUCAUGACAUUUGAGUCCGGCUUUUUUGACGACGACAAGAACGGAACCGGCGCACUGACUUCGCGCCUGGCCACGGACGCCGAAGAGUUUAACAAGUUUGUCGGCACGUUUAUCAGCACGCUCAACAGCACGGUCGCGACUAUUAUCUGCGCCUCUGCUAUUGCCUUUGUCUACGAGUGGCGCAUUGCUCUUCUAAUGCUCGGAUGCUGGCCGAUCCAGUCGUACGCUCAGUACUGGCAGGCGCAAGCGACCUGGGGCUCUUCCAUGCGCCUGCGCGCAUCCUACGAGAAAUCUGGCCAGUCUGCCGCCGAAACCAUCCGCAACAUCAAGACGGUCGCGACCCUGCGCCGCGAGGAGACCUUUAUUCGCGUAUUCGACGAGAUGAACGACGCUCCGCACAAGGACAGCAUUCGCAGCUCGCUCUACGGCUCUUUUGGUUUUGGUUUUUCCCAGGCGUGCAACAUGUUCAUCAACUCGCUGGUGUUCUUCGCCGGCUGCCGCUUUGUCAUCAAUGGCUGGACCGAGGUUAUGGAUCUGAUGUACAGUUUGAUGGCCACAAUGUUUGCCUCGAUGGCUAUCGGUACGCUCGCACAGGUUAUACCUAUUCUUUCCAAGGCUGGCGUUGCGUCGCGCGGUAUCUUUGAGACGCUUGACCGCGAGAGCGCCAUCAAUGGCAUUGACAGCACUGGCAGCCAGGUUGAGUCAUUCGAGGGCAACGUCUCCUUUGAUAACAUAAAGUUCUCGUACCCGAUUCGCCCCGACACCAAGAUCCUCAAGGGCAUUUCGUUCGAGGCCAUUGCCGGUAAGAGCAUCGCGCUGGUCGGCGCCUCGGGCUCAGGCAAGUCGACAUCGAUCCUACUGGCACAGCGCCUGUAUGACGCCAUCUCCGGCAAGGUCUCUGUCGAGGGACUGGGCGUGCGCGACUGGGACAUCAUGGCUCUGCGCAAUAACAUGGCGAUCGUCGGCCAGGAGCCCAUCCUGUUCAACUACACGAUCGGCGAGAAUAUUGCGUAUGGAAAGCCCGGCGCCACGCAGCUGGAGAUUGAGGAGGCGGCCAAGGAGGCCAACAUCUACAAUUUCGUCCAGAACCAGCCCGAUGGAUUCAAUACCAUCGUCGGCCAGAAGGGCGGCCAGCUGUCCGGCGGCCAGAAGCAGCGCGUGGCCAUUGCUCGUGCCCUUAUUCGCAAGCCCAAGCUUCUGCUGCUCGACGAGGCCACAGCCGCGCUGGACUCUCGCAGCGAGAAGAUCGUGCAGAAGGUUCUUGACAAGGCCGCCAAGGAGCGCACCACGCUGACCGUCGCCCAUCGUCUGAGCACCAUCCAGGACUGCGACAUGAUCAUCGUGUUCAAGAGCGGUCGCAUUGUUGAGCGCGGCACCCACGACGAGCUCCUGGCGCAGAAGGGCACAUACCACAUGCUGGUCCAGCAGCAGUCGCUUCAGGUCACCCAUUGAUAUUUGCAUUGGUUUUACGCUUUUAGUAUCAAUAAAUAAUGACCGAUAGAAUUUAACUAAA